AUGGCAUCAAUUCGGAAGGACACCUCAAAGCUUCACAAAAGCCAGAUGGCAACAAGCAGUAGGCACAACACCUCAGUAUCUCACGGCAUCAGGUCUUCAUUUAUUAAGAUUUUUUUUAAAAAAAUUUCUGAAGUCAACUCUAUAUUCGCUCAGGUUAUUACUCUUGAGGAUGUAAUAAAGGGAAUGAAGAUCAUGAGGGAGACUUUGAUAUAUUUGUCACAUCUUGAUCACGAGGACACGAAAAAGCUGAUGCUAAAGAAGCUAAGCAAACAAUUAAGUGGCGAGGAUUGGAAUUGGAACAACUUAAACACAUUAUGUUGGGCAAUAGGGCAGGAGAACAGAUUUUUGGUUAUGGUCAUUCAUGACUUGCUGAAUUUAUGCGAAAUCACGAAAGGGAAGGAUAACAAAGCUGUCAUCGCAAGCAACAUUAUGUAUGUUGUUGGACAGUACCUGAGGUUUCUAAGAGCUCACUGGAAGUUCCUAAAAAUUGUUGUGAACAAAUUGUUUGAGUUCAUCCAUGAGACACAUCCUGGUGUUCAGGAUAUGGCCUGUGACACAUUCUUGAAGAUUGUUCAGAAAUGCAAACGGAAAUUUGUAAUUGUUCAGGUUGGAGAAAAUGAACCAUUUAUAAGUGAACUUUUAAUAGGCCUUCCAACCACUGUUGCAGAUCUUGAGACUCAUAAGAUUCAUUCAUUCUAUGAAUCAGUUGGUCAUAUGAUUCAUGCAGAAUCUGAUCCUCAGAAGAGGGAUGAGUUUCUACAGAGAUUGAUGGAGCUGCCUAAUCAGAAAUGGACUGAAAUUAUAGGACAGGCACGCUUAAGCGUUGAUUUCCUGAAGGAUCAAGAUGUGAUAAGGACGGUGUUGAAUAUUGUGUGUAUAGAUUCUUGGCUCCUACUUUACUUCUGUGAUGUAUGUGGAGCAUUGGUGUGA